GAACUUGUCCUGGAAGCUGUGCAUCACCAUAAUGAGGCUUGUAAUUCUUGAUAACUAUGACUUGGCUAGUGAAUGGGCAGCCAAAUACAUCUGUAAUCGCAUCAUUCAGUUCAAACCUGGAAAGGACAGAUAUUUUACACUGGGUUUACCAACAGGGAGUACACCAUUAGGAUGUUAUAAAAAAUUAAUAGAAUAUCACAAGAAUGGAUUCCUUUCUUUUAAAUAUGUGAAGACCUUUAACAUGGAUGAAUAUGUAGGACUUCCCAGACAGCAUCCUGAAAGCUACCAUUCUUACAUGUGGAAUAACUUUUUUAAGCAUAUUGAUAUAGAUCCUAAUAAUGCUCAUAUCCUUGAUGGGAAUGCUGCAGAUUUACAAGCAGAAUGUGAUGCAUUUGAAGAUAAAAUAAAAGAAGCUGGAGGAAUUGAUCUUUUUGUUGGAGGAAUUGGUCCAGAUGGUCAUAUCGCUUUCAAUGAGCCAGGAUCCAGUUUAGUAUCAAGGACAAGAUUAAAGACCCUAGCAAUGGACACCAUAUUGGCAAAUGCUAAAUAUUUUGAUGGAGAUUUAUCAAAGGUGCCAACUAUGGCUCUAACAGUUGGUGUGGGGACAGUGAUGGAUGCUAGAGAGGUCAUGAUCCUCAUAACAGGCGCCCACAAGGCAUUUGCUCUCUACAAAGCAAUAGAGGAAGGAGUCAAUCACAUGUGGACUGUUUCAGCUUUCCAGCAGCACCCCCGAACUAUUUUUGUGUGUGAUGAAGAUGCUACCUUAGAAUUAAGAGUUAAAACUGUGAAAUAUUUUAAAGGUGAGCAUUUACAUUUCAUAAGCAGAAUGUGAGAAUGUGCUGUUGUAGAUGACUACUGAAAUUUAAUGUGAUUGUAGAGUUACACUGUGGCCUAUUAAAAACUGGCAUGUGCUGACC